GCUGUCCAUGGCGCAGUUUUAUUUCAUGAAAAACUCUAUGUGAUCUUGUCACUCUCUGCUCCUGCACUGUUCUCUACUGCUCUACUUCCUCGCUGGCUUGUUCAAGUUGGUGCAUUUCGGGGUUCGUUUGCAAUUGCGGAUAUUUGUUGCGUUUCGAGGUGAAUCGGUCGCCGCUGUCUUACAAUCUGCGGCAGUGACUACACGUCGGAAUAUUCUCACUUCGAAGUAAAUACAACUGUUGAGGAUAGUUCUUUCAUCCAAUCUCAUUUACAGCAAGCUUGAGGACAUGAACACGAAGUUGGAAACAGGACGAAAACAGCUGAACGCAAUGGGUAGCAUUUGGAAAUACCUCUCAGGAGCUGCUGGCCCAAGCGGCUUUGGAUCGAAAUCUACCGCUGAAGAUGUUACUGCUGAUGUUGACCUCACCUCCAAGACCAUCAUCAUAAGCGGAGCAACAUCAGGGAUUGGGAAAGAAUCAGCAAGAGUGUUAGCCAUGAAAGGGGCUCACGUAAUUAUGGCCAUUCGAAACUUGAAAACUGGUGAGGAAGUAAAGUCAGAGAUUACACGGGACGUCCCUAAAGCACGGGUGGAGCUUAUGAAGCUUGACCUUUCUUCUUUAGCAUCAGUCCGGCAAUUUUCUGAUGAGUUCAACAAUCGAAAGCUUCCUCUCAAUGUUCUCAUAAACAAUGCAGGUUUCAUGUCAAGAACUUUUGAGAAGUCAGAAGACGGUUUGGAGAAGGUUUUUGCCACGAACCAUAUCGGCACGUUCCUACUGACGAAACUUCUACUGGACAAACUGAAAACUACUGCUAAGGAGACUGGAGCAGAAGGUCGUAUUGUAAAUGUUUCAUCCGAGGCUCACAAGUAUGGCUACAAGGGGGGACUUGUGCUUGACAAGCUUAACGAUUCAACAAGCUAUGAUGGAAAGUGUGCUUACGGGCAGUCUAAGUUGGCGAAUAUUCUGCAUGCGAGGGAGCUCGCAAAGCGAUUAAAGGAAGAAGGAGCUAACGUGACCGCUAAUUCAGUACAUCCUGGCGUUAUGGAUACGAAUUUCGGCAAGGGACAAAGCGUCUUUUUUAGUGGGAUAGCUUUAUCCCUCGUAAAAUUCUUAUUAAAAACAGUGCCUCAGGGAGCUGCAACUACCUGUUACGUUGCCACAAGCCCAAAGGUGAAUGGGAUCUCUGGAAUGUAUUUCAAAGACUGCAACUUAAAUCCUUACGUGUCGGAACCUGCCAGAGAUCCGGAGCUGGCAAGGAAGUUGUGGGAGUUUAGCGAGGAAUUUGUCUCAAAACAUUGAGUCUAUAAGAAAGAGAUUACGCAAUCUUGUGUGAAGGGGUUUACUGUAGAUGCUGAAGUCUUGGCAUUUUUUGGUCUGUAUACCCGUUUUUCUGUAGCUAUACAUAAAAAUUACGUUGUGUCAAGAUUUAGUCCCAUACACAGUUUUUCGUAACAUUUUUGUAAAAAAUGUUUUAUCAUUUCUUUGCACUACUAAAAGGUUCUCGUGUGGUAAAUAACUUAUCAAUUUAACGUCACUUUGUUACUA